AAUUUUGAGAUAUCUUCUCAGAAAAAAGAAGCGAUGGCGGGAAACGAAUCACAGAAGCAAUUCCUAACUCUUCUCCGCGAAUUCGCAUCUGAAAAAUCUCAAGGAGAGCGAAGAAUAGUAAAUCACAAGAAGCGAAAUCAACAGCUGCAAUCCGAGCUUGAACUUGCACAUGCGGAGGUCGAAGAGGCGAAGAAUCAGAAGGAGAGUGCUGAGCAAGAGCUCAAAGGCUAUGAAGUAGAAUUGGCCAGGAAUGAGUCUGCAAUUCAAACCCUAGAGGAAGGGAUCCUUUGGAUUCAAGAUGAAUUAUCAGCGUAUGGAUCUAAUGUUGAGUCUCUCAAGAAUAAAGAAGCAGAAAAGCGAGAUGACUUCAUAGAGAAAAUGCUUGAGCUCAAUGCACAGAUAAGGAAAUUCCACGAGUCAAUAGCAUCUAUAUUCCGAAAUGAUAAUUGCAGCGAGUCAGCAUCAAAGCCCGGUCCAGCUAAAGCCAAAGGAGAAGAUGCUGAGGCUUUCAAAAGAGAACUCCAGAGUCAGCUAGCUCAGAUAGUUUCUCAGAUCACUAAGGAAGAAGAGGAAUACCAAGUUGAACAGAAUAUUCAUAGGCAGAUUGAAGAAGAGUUGAAUAAUUUGGAAAGAAAAGCAUCACUGAUAGAGGGAAUCAUAAAAGAAAAUAUGGAAAUGCAGGAGUUAGCCAGAUAUCCUUUAAUUUCUGUUGUUUGGUCUUCUGCUCUUUAAAGCUAAUUAUUUAUUAUGUUCAGCUCAUUGGUAGAAGAAGAAUGAGUCCACAGGGGAUUUCAAAAUUUCAUGAACUAUUCCACAUUUAGACAAUAGUCUCAUUAUGUCUUACUGUAUUACCGAGAAACUCUUUCACACCUCAAAAAAAUACAUAUGAAAUUAGCACCCUUGCUUUAGAUUUGUCAACAAUUAUUAUGUCCUUGACUGGAAGUAAGCAGACUUCUGAAUUGGAAAACAAAUGUGCUUCCCUUGGUGAUGAGCUACAGAAGAGGUCGGUAUGUCCCAGAUGUCAUAAGGACAAUACAGCUGCAUUAAGUCAAAUUCUUCAAGCAGGCGAUGAG